UGCAUGUGUGUGUGCUCUCCGCUCUGCCUGCUGGUUACCUGUGUUUACCUGUUUGUUCCGUCCUCUCCGGUAAGCAGUCAUGCCGGCCGGCGGCAGCUCUUUGUUCUCCGGUUUCCGGGUUCUGGGACUUUAUUCCAACCACGUGCCGCACGCGCUCCGGUACCACCUGAAGCACCGGGAGUUCUACGUGGUGACGGCGGUCGGUCGGAGCUUCCACACGUUCAACGUGAACAGGUUGGGGAUCGUUGCUGUCAGUAACUGCUUACCAGAUGACAUCGCCUGCAUGGCGGCCGACAGGAUGUUGGUGUUUGCCGCCUGCGGGCGGCUCGUCAGCGCCUUCGCCAGGAACAAAGAGGUGGUGAUGCGUUACCACGGUCACGAACAGGAAGUCCGCCUGCUGCUUCCUCUGGGCGAUCAGCUGAUCUCUGCCGACAGCGGUGGUGAUGUCAUCGUGUGGGACGUCCACAGUGGGGACGUAUACCUGCGGCUGCACUUUGACCCCGCAACCUUUGAUGUGUCGGCCAUGAUGCACCCGAGCACCUACCUGAACAAGGUGCUGCUGGGGAGCUCCCAGGGUGCACUGCAGCUGUGGAACAUCAAGACCAGUAAGCUGCUCUUCACAUUCGCUGGCUGGUCAGCAGGAGUCACAGUUCUACAGCAGAGUCCCGCGGUGGAUGUGGUCGGUGUUGGCACGGCGACAGGACGCAUCAUUAUUCACAACAUCCGAUUGGACGAGACGCUGAUGAGCUUUAUGCAGGACUGGGGACCAAUCACGUCACUCGCUUUCAGAACAGACGGCCCUCCCAUCGUGGCGUCCGGCAGUCCUCAGGGACACAUUGCAUUUUGGGAUCUGGAGCGCCGCCAGCUCAUCACUCAGCACAGACACGCCCACAGAACGGCCAUCGCCGGGGCAACGUUCCUGCAUGGAGAGCCGCUAUUGGUCACCAACGGCGCCGAUAACGCCAUCAAGGUUUGGAUAUUUGACCAAGAAGGAGGCGGAGCCAGACUGCUGAGGAGCCGCCAGGGUCACAGCGCCCCGCCCACCACCAUUCGUCACCACGGCAACGAUGGAAAAAACAUCCUGAGUGCAGGUCAGGAUGGGACACUGCAGUCUUUCUCCACCGUCCACGAACGCUUCAACAAGAGCCUGGGUCACGGCUCUGUUAACAAGAAAAAGGAGAAGAAGAAGAAGAAAGGGCUGACCUAUGAAGAGCUGCGACUUCCUGCCAUCACGGCGUUCUCCUCCGCUGUGACCCGUCAGUCGGAUUGGGACGGCAUCGUCGCGUGCCACCGGGAUCGCCUAGCAUCCACCACAUGGAACUACCAGAGGUGCACCAUGGGAGCUCACCAUCUGCAACCGCCAGGGUCCCGAAUGGAUGCCAUUGCCACGGCUGUUGAAAUUACUUCCUGUGGGAACUUCGCUGUGAUUGGAUCAUCGUGCGGCCGCGUCGACAUCUACAAUCUGCAGUCUGGACUGCACCGUGGUUGCUAUGGCAACAACGAGAAAGCUCACAAUGGCGUGGUGCGAGGCAUCGCCACGGAUACCCUAAACCAGCUGACGCUCACCACAGGUUCUGAUUGGCUGCUGAAGUUCUGGCGCUUCAAAACGAGGAAGCUGGAGGAAGAGCUGAAGCUAAGUGCUGCACCGGCGAGCAUGAAGCUGCACAGAGAAAGCGGGAUGCUAGCAUUAGCGCUGGAUGACUUCACUCUGGCGGUCGUCGACAUAGAAACCAGAAGAGUUGUCAGGAGGUUUGCAGGUCACCAUGGCAACAUCAACGACAUGACGUUCAGCCCCGAUGGCCGCUGGCUGGUUACCGUGGCGAUGGACUGCACCCUCCGUACCUGGGACCUCCCCUCUGGAAGUCUAGUUGACUGCUUCCUGGUUGCCAUGGCACCAGUGGGUGUGUCCAUGUCUCCGACAGGUGACUUCCUUGCAACGGCUCAUGUUGACAGUCUGGGCAUCUACCUCUGGACCAAUAAGAGCCUGUGUGGGCCUGUGGGGCUCCGCCCUCUCCCAGCUGACUACCAGCCAGCUGUGGAGACACUGCCAGGUGUCACAGCAGAGGAGACGGAACAGGAAGUGACAUCAGAGGAGGAGGAAGACGAUGAUGAUGCAUAUCAGUCAGCUGAGCAGCUGGGGGCGGAGCUUGUGACUCUGUCUCUGCUGCCGGAGUCUCGGUGGAAAAGUCUGCUGCACCUGGAUGAAAUCAAGAAGCGGAAUAAACCCGUGGCGCCCCCUGCUGCUCCGGCUGCUGCUCCUUUCUUCCUGCCAACAGUUCCUGGCCUCACACCUCACUUCGCCACGCCAGCGCAAACCGAGCAGGAAAUGCAGCUUUUUCCUGCGUGCCAGUCCAAGGUGCUGAAUUGGGGGGUCCUCUCUCAGAGGUCAGAGUUCAUCUGUGCUCUGGAGUCGGCUCUGAACACCGGAUCAUUUGAUCAGCCGCUGCAUCUCCUGAAGGAUUGUGGACCGGCGGCACUCUCUGUUGAGCUGACCUCUCUGGCACCGGAGGGGGGCGGAGCCAAAGAGCUCCUGCUCGCCUUCAUUCAGAUGAUUGACAGCAUGUUGGCCGGUGGGCGGGACUUUGACCUGGCUCAUGCUUACCUGGCACUUUUCCUGAAGCUCCAUCUCCGUUCCUUGUCUCAGGACACUGUUGCCAUGGAAGCCUUGCUCCGCCUGUCAUCCCGGUUGGAGAUGGGAUGGGCGGAGCUACGAGCAUCAUUUGACCAAUCGUUGUGUCUGCUUUCAUACACCAAGAGCGCCCUGCUGUGACACACACACUUUUUUUUUUAUUCCAUUAAACGUGUUGUGGAUUCUUCUUCGUGUGUUUUUAUUGAACGAUAGUUUCGAUGUGAUUUUCACUCUGACUGAUCAGCUGAUUGAUCCCAGGUGAUGGUGAUUAACCUUAGGUGGGGUAGAAACACAUCUGACACCAAACAUUUAAUAGAUGUGACUUAGAGGAAAAGUAUCUGCAGGGAUUUUCAGAAUAAAAUAAUCACAAUAUUGUUAGCUGCAGGUAAGUUCUUUAUCAUCUCCAGUUUCAUAUUCUAUAAAAUCAUGUUUGUAGAGUCG